AUGUCCAAUGGAUUACGGGCGACAUUAAUCGGCGUCACUGGUGUCGCACGCCUGACAUAUGGACAAGAGCAAUCUCCUCCCCACCCCACCCACCCACCGCCUCGAUCGGCGAUCCCCCCCCUUCCCCCUUUCCCCCACCCACCCCUCUUCCCCCCUCCCCUUCCCCCUCCCCCCACCCACCCCUCCUCCCCCCCCCCUUCCCCCUCCCCACCCACCCCUCCUCCCGCCCCCCCUUCACCCAAGUCGUCCUAUCUUCGCCCCUUCCCCUGCCCUCCUCUCUACAGUACCUCCAGACUGGAUUGA